AUGUUCUCAACAAAGACCGCAGCCGGCCUUCUCGCCGUCUUCUCCAGCAUCCUCAUCACGCCCAUCCGCGCCACCCCGGCGCUGAUCCCGAGAGACGCGCCCGAGGCGAAUGCGACGUGUCAGUACUGGCUACCCAGCACGGCAUCCGAGUACACCUACAAGGUCACACUUGACAGUACGCAGGACGGAGGGUGGUGUGGAGGAAUGUGGGCCAACCUGAACAACUACAAGGGGCAGUACAACUGCGAGGUGCGCCACAACACGCAGUGCCCUGUGGACAAUCCCGACGCGAACGGCAACAUCCACAAGGUCCUCGAGUUCUCAGUCAACCUUGCCUGCGAGGAUUACAUGGUGGCCGACAUCAUCUAUUGGACGACCAGCCCGCAGGUCUCGCCUCGCUGUCUCGAGGUCUCCCCUCCCUAG